AUGGCGCCUCUCAGCUGGAUCGACAUCAGCAAGGCCCACCUGCUGGUGGCGCACCGCCCGCCGCCGGUCCGGCGCUCGGUGGCGCCAUGGGAGAAGGACUUCUGCGAGUCCCGCGGGGUUCCCUGGAGGAAGGUGACGGACCCGAACGCGGGGCUCAACGCCGAGGGGCCGGACGGCCGCGUCGCGCGCUGGGACGACUCGGGCGCCAUGCAGGCGCUGCGGGCGGCCAGGAGCCGGUACUGGGCGGAGAUCAACGGCGGCAUCAAGCUCGCCCGUGGCGUCCCACCGCUGCCGGGCCCCGACAUGUACUGCGAUGUGAUCGUCGACGCGUGCGGAGCCGAAGUGGAGGACCCGGAGGUGGAGGCGGAGUACGCGGCGGCGGUGCGCGACAUGGAGCGCGCGCGGCAGGAGAGCCUCCGGCUGCACGCGGCCAAGCUGCGGGACGAUUUCGUGCCGGUUCCCACCGGCUGGGACAUGUGA